CCCUCACCUGCAAAACUCCUUCUUGCACUGAGCCACCUACAUGGCACAUUCCCCUCACUUGGAAUAAUAGUGUGUUCUAAGUGUACAAGUGAACGGUUCUGGAGAUAUCAGGCAGACCCGUUGCCUGAUUAUAAGCUGGCAGAGAGAGCACUGGGUUUUGCGAAGUAUCUCACCAACAAACUCAAGACAGAUUGAGAGUUGCAUAAUGUUUCUAUAUUCUACUCUGUUGCUAAUAGUGAUGUUCUUCAGUUUGAAGAAUCCAUCGAUAGACUGCUGAUUCAGAAUUCAGAAAUUUUAGCAAAUAUCGACCAGGCUGAUUGGAAUAUUUCAGAUUUCUGAAGACAUAUCCAAGAAUGCCAAGAACUUGUUAGAGUAAUCACAAGCUCUAAAGUAAGCAACCUCUGCAAUGAUUUGGCGCAAUCACUUGAGUAUAACUUACUCAUUCCUGGAGAAGAAACACUGACCACACUCAGAAGGAUGAUGCCUACAUCUGAAGACUCUGAAUCUACUAGGGCAAUUGUACAAAGAACUAGAGAGGCUAUGGGAGAAGAACUUGCAGCCAAAGACAGAAUAAUCGAACAGCAAGCAGCAAGGAUAUCUCAGCUCACUACCUCCCUCGAAGAAUCCAAGAAUCACUCUCUACAACCCCUCAGUCACACCCAAGCACAGCCUGGACUUAGCUCAACACCCACUGAGCCUGAGGGCCAAUCCAACACGCAAUUAUCCCAACGCACAAGCCGCCUAUCUCCUCAGUUCUCCCAGAGAGAGCCAGGCCUUCAGCCAGUCUCUAUCUACAACGACUAGAGUAAAGAAGCUCAGUCUGAAGAUGUGGCAGAAGAUAAGCAAACUCAGGAGCAAAGAAUAAAUGAGUUCAAAAGAAUAUACCAAGAAACUCUUGGAACCCAUAUAGAUAUAGACGACACUUCAUGCCUCGUCUUAAGACUUAAUGCUCAUGGAGAGAUCAUUAAAAAGAUCAGAAAACUUCCAAACAUUGAAAGCCUAACAUUCACUCAUGUUUGGUGGUUCCAAGAGUGGACUCGGCUAUGCAAGGUCCUUAAGAAUAGUUGUCCAGAUAGUUUAAAUCAAUUCGAGUUUGAUUUUAGCAAUGCUGGAGCAUGCCACUAUAAAUACCAAAACUAUCACCAAAGUUUGAUCGAAAUAGCGAAGAAAGUCAAGAACUAUUUCAGCUUAAGCUAUUGCAAAUUAAAUAAGGAAGAAUUUGAAGAAAUUAUUGUUGCAGCUAGGAAUUGUUCAUCAAUUAGAUUCUUUGCUUGUACUAUUAUCGCUGGCACCGAAUGAGACUUUGGAGAUAAACUUACAGAUGCUAAAUUCACUGAACUAAGCUUCGAUUCUACAGGACACUCUAAUUACUCAUCCUGGAAAACAAACCCUUGAUAUUUCAGAAAUAUUUUCACCGGGCUUGCUAAAUGUUCGCCAGUGUUGAAGACUAACCUACAGUUUGUUAACAUUUUAAAUUGUGAAUUCGACAAAGAUCUAGCAAGAUCUAUUCUCAGUGAACUAGAGUUCCAGAAUGCACAUGUUUAGUUAAAAUCAAAGAACAAGGGUGAUUAAAAGUUGCACUCAGGAUUUAUUCAACCUGUAAUUUGUU